AUGUGGUACAUUCUCGUUCCGAUAUUAAUAUCCCUAGUGAUCUUCGUCAGCCUGAAUAAUCGGAGAAAAUUCAAACUUCCGCCGGGACCACUUCCGCUUCCGGUCCUAGGUAAUCUACUAUCGAUAGAUCCGGUGAAUCCUCACCUGAGUUUGACAACCCUCUCCCGAAGCUACUCUGGAAUAUGCGGCUUGCGGCUGGGCUCCGUCUACACAGUUUUACUGACGGACCCCAAACUGGUCAGACAGGCCUUCGCCAAGGACGCCUUUACCGGAAGAGCGCCACUCUACCUGACCCACGGUAUAAUGAAGGGCUACGGCAUCGUCUGCGCGGAAGGUGAUCACUGGAGAGAACAAAGAAAAUUCGUGUCAUCAACCCUGAAAACCCUGGGUAUGAUGAAACACGGGAGUAGAAGAGAGAAACUCGAGGAGAGAAUGACCCAUUACAUCUCUCAACUCCUCGAGAAACUGACGGGAACAGACCCGAUACAGGGGGUUGAUCCCCUGGAGAGUCUCCACCAUUGCUUGGGGAACCUGAUCAACGACCUGGUGUUCGGGAAAGUUUACGGGGAAGACGAUGAGACCUGGAAGUGGCUGAGGUACCUGCAGGAGGACGGGGUGAAGCACAUUGGGAUAGCUGGACCCCUGAAUUUCCUUCCCUUCCUUCGACACCUUCCUAAAUACAAGAAGCUGAUGAAGUUCUUGCUGGAUGGGAAGUUGAAAACACACGAAGUUUACAAGGAAAUCAUCCAGAGUCAUCAGGAAGGAAAGGACAGCAUGAGGAACGACAGCUUUCUCUCAGCUUUUGCUGAGGAGAUAGAGAGGAGAGUUUCGAGUAACGAAGAAUUGGGUUCAUUCACUGAUCAACAGUUUUAUCAUCUACUCGCUGACCUUUACGGGGCUGGGGUGGACACGACGAUGACAACAGUCAGGUGGUUGUUGUUGUAUCUGGCGGCUUACCCCGAGGACCAGGAGAAGAUCCAUGAGGAGAUGGUGGAGAGUCUAGGGGAGAGAGAGGUCACUCUGGAGGACAGGGGGAGAUUGCUGUACCUGGAAGCCUGUAUCUGUGAGGCUCAGAGGAUCAGGAGUGUUGUACCUCUGGGAAUUCCUCAUGGGACGAAGGAGGACACCAAACUCGGGGGUUUUGAUAUUCCAAAGGGGAGCAUGGUGGUGCCCUUUCAAUGGGCGAUGCACAUGGAUGAGAGGUACUUUGAAGAUCCUGAGGUGUUCAGGCCCAGCAGGUUCAUCUCGGAGGAGGGAUUGAGGAGGCAUGAGGCCUUUCUUCCUUUUUUAACGGGGAAACGAAUGUGCGUUGGGGACGAACUCGCCAGGUGGAUUCUCUUCCUGUUCACUGGGAGAAUUAUUCAGAAGUUCAGAAUUUCGGUACCUGAGGGGGAGACGGUGGAUUUUGUUGGGGAUUGUGGCAUCACGCUGGUGCCGAAACCACACAAACUGGUGUUUUUAGAACGUUAA